AUGAAAUUUUCCAUUUGUGAGGAGCUAGUUGCGACCAAUGCCAUUCUUGGAGAGAAGGCGCAUGUUUUUGGGUUUGCUACACUCUUUUCCUUCUAUGCUAUGCUGGGUCUUGCUGCUCCUUUUGAGUUCUUGUUCUUCCCCAGUUAUGAAUGGAAGGAGACCAUGCGAGGGAAAUCAGACCGCUUCCUAGGGAGGGAGUGGCAGUCAGUCUACUGGUGCUGGGCAAGGGAGAUUGCUUGA